AUCGUUGUUUACGUUUGUCAGAUCGGUUGGCAACGUUGGCUGUGUAUUUUGGUAUGGAAUCAGUUGCAGAAGUGUUGUCAGUCGUGUGCGUAGUGGUUACAGCGUGACUUUGUGGAAGCUUAGAAGCACGCGUUGUGUGGCAUUUGUUGCUGCUAAUAGUAAACAUUGUUGUUAAUUGAAAUACAUCGGGUGAUUGUUAAUAGAUCCUUCGAGAAAACAGUGAUAUUUCCAGCAGUCUUGUGAUUUUCGUCUUGAACUGCAAGUAAAAGUUCUCAUACUAAAUAUUGGCCACACCACAGCAGAUCAAAUUCUGUGCAUUAUAAAUCACCGAAAAUUUGACGUAUCGUGUUUUUAAGGUUAUGUUCUGACAAUUUAGUGGGUUUUGUUCACCAUGGUUGAGAUGGCAGGUGUUGGCUACGGCCGGUCAGGAGUAUUAGAGACGCAUGUUAGGGGACAGUGGUACCGCGUAUUUGUGACAUUGGAAGACGAUUAUCUCAGCAUUAGCCUAGACGAGAGCUACGAAAAUUCAACUACUUUAAAUGGAAGUCUAAAUAACAAUAACAACAACAAUAAUAUUGAUAACACUGGCGGCUUGUUAGAUGCAGUUGAUGUCCCAGAGGCUGUAGCUAACCAGAAGAGACUUGUUAGAGUAGUGAAAUCGGAUAACAAUGGACUAGGAAUUUCUAUAAAAGGCGGAAAAGAAAAUAAAAUGCCCAUCUUGAUCUCAAAAAUAUUUAAAGGCAUGGCCGCCGAUCAGACAGAACAACUGUACGUAGGAGACGCGAUUCUCUCAGUAAAUGGAGAAGAUCUGCGGGAAGCCACUCACGAUGAGGCAGUGAAGGCACUGAAACGAGCAGGGAAAGUUGUGGAGCUUGAAGUGAAGUACCUGCGCGAGGUGACUCCGUACUUCCGCAAGGCGAGCAUAAUCUCCGAGGUGGGCUGGGAGCUGCAGCGCGGCUUCCUGUCCGCCGCGCCGCCUUCGCCGCGCUCGCCGCAGCGCGCCGACACGCGCUACCUGCCGCUGCAGCUCUGCUACCUGGCCAGGAACCUCCGCCACCCCGACCCCGAGAACCGCACGCUGGAGCUGCACUCGCCGGACGGCGUGCACUCGUGCGUGCUGCGCGCGGCGGACGCGGCCGAGGCGGCGGCCUGGUUCCACACGCUGCACUCUGCGCUGGGCGUGCUGGCGCUGCAGGCGCUGCACGAGGCCGGGCGCGCGCUCGGCGCCGAGCUGCGCCACAUGGGCUGGCUGGCGCGGCGCGCGCGCAGGCCCAACACCGGCAGCAACUCCAACACCGCCAGCAACACCAACACCGCCAGCAGCGCCACCGCCACCGUGCCCGUGGGCGGCGCGGCCGGUGCCGGCCCGCAGCAGCAGCAGCAGAGCGACGCGUCUCCCGCCAACACAGAGAAUGGGCGGUCUGGGUCCUCGGAUGGUGGAGGUGGCAGCAGCAGUGGUGGUGGGGGCAGUGAGGAGUGGCAGUCAGUGUUCGCAGCAGUGACAGAUCGUGAGCUGCGCUUGUAUCAGUCUGCACCAUGGAGUCCUGAGGCGUGGGGCUGCCCCAUCGACACCUGCCCACUAAUAUCCACCAGGCUAGUGAGCUCAACUCGACAGACAGAUAUGAUCACAUUCAGUGUCCGUUGUGGAACACCGGAUGGUGUAGUAACACAUCAUCUUCGAGCAGAAACUCAUCGUGAUCUUGCCAACUGGGCGCGAUCUCUUGUACAAGGCAGCCAUGCCUGUGCUAGUGCCCAGCGAGAACUUGCUUGUCGAUGCAUAUGGCGUAAUCAAGUAGCUCAACUCCUUCUUCAUUAUGAGGAGGGCUUCACGCUACUUGAUGAAACAGGCCGCACACUUUGGAAGUACCCGUAUGAGCGUUUGCGCUCCUCUGCUGAUGAUGGAGCUCGCUUGCUUUGGCUUGACUUUGGCAGUGAAGAAGGAGAAAUGGAACUGGAUUUGGAGUGCUGUCCUAAGCCUUUUGUGUUCAUUCUCCACAAUUUCCUCUCAGCCAAGAUUCAUCGCCUGGGACUGUAUGCAUAGACAUAUAGCUUACCUGACAAUUUUGAGCCUGCCACUGAUUGUUGUUUGCUUUCUGUAUCUGCCAGAUAUACCAAAGUUCGGUAUACUGCUAGUGUUACCUCAGAACCAUCUUUGUGCUACAUGGAAAUUUUUAUAUAAAAAUAUAUAUAUAUACAUGUAUACAUGUUAUCUUUGUGGGAUUUUUGUGCCUUUGCCAUCAUUUUAUACGUUACAAAAUGUUUUGUACUUUUUCAAGAACAAUGAUGAUGUGGUAAUAUUGCUUAUGAUGUUACUUUGACAUUUUGUAAAGUGUAUUAGUGAACUGGCAAAAACAUGUAUGCCAUUGAUGAUCGCACAAUCUCACUACAUUGUAAAUACUGUACUUCACAGUUAUUGUUCCUGCAGUCUGAGUAGUGCAGUCCUGUAUGAGGCAUAGAAAAUAGUGACAAGAGGAGCAUAAUUAAGGGGGCUAAUGAACAGUUGUUUGGACAUAAAAAGAGAAUAUAUUGCUGUAAUUUAUUUUUUUGUGUAGUUGAACAAAGGAGACACCGCACUGCUUGUCAUGACUACUCUGCAUUAGUUAUUUCACUUUUACCACAGAUAUUGUGUACUUCACAUUUUUCUUUCAAUUUUUUUAUUAGUUACAUGGUGGUGUUAUCUAUUCUUGCCAGUUGUUCCAUUUGUCAAGAACUCGUUUUAGCCUUCAGUCUACUCUAAUUUCUUCUUAGUAUUUUUCAUCUUUUAAAUGGAUCAGAUGUUCUCUGAACUGCUCACUUCUUUGUCAAGUAACCUUAAAUUUAUAUCUUGGCAGAUUUAGUGUCUGUUGAGAGUGUAUUGUGUAACAGCUGUUAAGAUGAAUUGCAUUAAUUUUGCAAGUAAGGCUGAUAGUGUAAGGACAGGUAAUCUGCAGUUAUUGUGGUUGGAGAAAGUUGCAUCUGCUGUGUCCAUGCAAUUUGAGAGACAUAUCAAGUAGACAUUUAGUCCAUACUGACAUUUGUGUAUAAAUCUUUUUAAAGCUGUUCUUAUGAAAGUUGUGUUUAAACUUGAAUGUGGUUUAUUAGGCUAAGCAUGCAGAAACAGUUUUUCACCUUCCUGCACAAAUAUUUAUUGUAUUAUUUGCUGUGGAGUAAUGUGCAUUUAUUUUUUGAUAUAAAUGUUAAAAGUUUUAAUCUACUUUAACCAAGACUUUUAAUUCACAAUGUUUUUCAUUUAUUAAAUUAUGUAUUAAAAUGAUGUAAGUUAAUAUUAUUCAAUAAAACAGCUGGGUGUGUAAGGCUGUUAGCCAAACUAUUCUGUGUGUGUGUGUGUGUGUGUGUGUGUGUGUGUGUGAGAGAGAGAGAGAGAGAGAUAUGUUUUAUCAAUAUUAAGGCUUUCUCUCCAAUUCAAUUGUUAUAAUAUAAAGUUACCAGCUCAACUGAUCGUUUUAUGAACAUAGCUCAAGGUAUGUAAAUAAGGAUGAUUUGAUUCUAUGACUGUCAUGCAAUAUGUGACUAGUGCUUGCUUUGAUAGAUAAUUUUAUUUUCAGAACAUAGUUGAUUGAAUGUAAUGUGGGACUGUCUUCUGUCCCUAAGUGGAAGUUGUUAUCUCUGAUUAAUAAAUAUUGAUUUCAAUAAAAGUAGUUGUUCAUAUAUUCC